AUGGCGAAGCCACGCGCUGAGAAGAAGGCGCCCCCCCCUGCGCCGCCCGCGAAGCCUGCGACCUCGCGGCCCGUGCUGUGGGCGCUGGUAGGAUUGCUGCUUGCUGCCGGUGUAUGGUUCGGCUGGCACGCACGCGACGACCGCGCCCCGCCGACGCCCGCCGAGCCCGCCGAGCCCGCCGAGCCCGCCGGCGCUCCGCCCGAGGGCCGCGCGAUGCAGGUGCCGUUCCGCCUGCCGCCGGUGCACAAGAUCCCCGAAGACCCACAGAACGGCGAGGAUGCCGAGAAGCGUGCGGCAGUGCGUGAGGCGUUCACGCAGUCGUGGGACGCGUACGCGCGCCAUGCGUGGGGCCUCGACGAGUUCCACCCUCUGUCCCAGUCCGGCUCGAACCUCUUGGGCGAGGGCCGCCCGCUGGGCUACACGAUUGUCGACACGCUCGACACGCUCAUCCUCCUGCACGAGGACGAGGGGUACGCGCGCGCGCGCGACUGGGUGCGUGACGAGCUCGACUGGGCGAUCGACGGCCGCCUGAAUGUGUUUGAGACGACGAUCCGCAUGCUCGGCGGCCUGCUGUCGGCCAGUGCGCUCAUCGCCGACCCCCCCGCCGGCGCGCUGCCCGCGUCGGCGGCCGAUGCGGCGAUGUUCCUCGCCAAGGCACAGGCGCUCGCUGACCGCCUCUUGCCCGCGUUUGCGACGCCGACCGGCAUCCCCCUGCGCGAGGUGAACCUCGCGACCGGCGAGGCGUUCCCCGACCAGGACAACCACAAUGCGAGCAGCCUCGCCGAGGCGACGACGAUCCAGCUCGAGUUCAAGUACCUCGCGCACCUCACGAACAACGCCACGUACUGGGCCACGGCCGAGCGUCCGAUGCACUAUGCACGCCAGACGUCGCUCCCGCCGAGCCUCGGCAUCCUGCCCAUCUUUUUGAGCACGGAAAAAGGGCAGUUUUACAUGACGGAUAUCCGCCUCGGCUCGCGCGGCGACUCGUACUACGAGUACCUCGUGAAGCAGUACCUGCAGACGAACCGCACCGAGGAGGUGUACAAGGAGAUGUACGAGCACGCGUUCGACUCGAUCAAGAGCACCCUGCUCGACAUCGGCACGCGCACGAACCCCCCGCUGGUGUACACCGUCGAGCUCGUUCCCCGUCCCGGUCCGCAGGGCCCCGGCUGGCAAAAGCUACCCAAGCAGGACCACCUCGUGUGCUUCCUGGGCGGCACGAUGAUGCUCGAUUGGCGCGUCGGCCACGAGCUGACGCGCACCUGCGUCAACACCUACACGAGCGCGCGCACCGGCCUCGGCCCCGAGAUUGCCUUUUUCUGGCCGCCGAACUCGUCGGAUACACACGCGCGCGAGUGGACCGUGAAGCGCGCCCGAGGCGAUGGCCCCGCGCCGAUUGAUGCGCGCAACAUCCUGCGCCCCGAGACGGUCGAGUCGCUCUACAUUGCCUACCAGCUCACCGGCGACGAGACCUACCGUAUCUGGGGCUGGAAGAUCUUUGAGGCCUUCCGCAAGCACGCGCAGGUCGACGGCGGCCGUGGCGGCUACUGCGGCAUCGACGACAUCGACGCGGAUGCCCCCGAAAAAAUCGACCGGAUGGAGACGUUCUGGCUCUCGGAGACGCUCAAGUACCUCUAUCUGCUCUUCUCGCCGCGCGACACCCUCUCGCUCGACGCGUGGGUGUUCAACACCGAGGCCCACCCCCUGCCCGUCUUCGCGCCGGCCUUCUCCACGUCGCUAGCGUAA